CGCGCGCAACCAUUAGUAAAUGCGAAAGAGAAGUUUGGAGCACACAUGGCCAAUCACGCAUCUUUGUUCGGUCUACCGGAGCUCGUUCUCGACCGCCAUGUCUACGUUACCUCCAUCGGAAGACUUAAUAGCCCGUCCCUUCCACGCUGAUGUAAAACAGGUUCAACUAGAUAUCAAGUCUGACCUGGACGCGAACCAAAUUGCUAUUUCAUCGAUCAACUUGGAUGAUCCGCUCGUGACCAGAAGGGAGUUGUUGAGCUAUUACUUGUACUCUAACGGUGGUAACGGUGUCGGUUUGGGCUAUACACAGACCCUGUUCCAGGGGCUUGCCACGGCGGCGGGAUAUGAUCCCGUUGUAGGCCCCGGCUCGUCAUGCCUUGCAACGACUGCUUCUGGUCAAUGCGUAGUUCCUUGGGGUAGCGGAACAAAGUCAGUUUCCAGUGUGGUGCUGACUGCAGAUGGUAUUAGUUUCGCCAUCAUGACAGUUAUAUUAACUACUAUCGGUUCUGCUGCUGACUAUGGUACAUUCGGACGGUGGUUACUAUUCGCUAUCACAGUAGUAUGUUGGGCUGCACAGUAUGCUUGUAUGACACUUACCACACCAAACCGAUGGGUUUUUGCGAUGAUUCUGUCCAUCAUCGGUUUCGUCUCAUACAGUAUUACUCUGGUCUUCUAUGCUGCUUUAUUCCCUCGUCUCGCGCGAAAUACACCACGUGUACGCCAGUUGAGAGAGAAGUAUGAAAACGGCGAGAUUUCUCCUGAAGUUUACGAUCAAGAGGAGUCGCUGGAAAAGAAUAGGAUUACCGAUAUUUUUACUGUUCAUAGCAAUGUCGGAUAUCUAACCACAUUAUUGCUGAACUUGGCGCUUUUGCUGCCGAUGGCGAACAACCCUAAGGUAGACAAUUAUGUGAUCGUGGUUGUCAACACAUAUUGGGUGGUAUUAGGCAUUUGGUGGUUUGUCUUCCAGGAAUCUAGGCCAGGCCCCGAAUUGCCUAAAGGUGAACAUUACCUGACAAUUGGAUGGAAGCAGAUCUGGGCUGCGCUGAAAACACACAAGCAUCUUCCCUACACCUUUGUGUAUCUGUCCUCCUACUUUCUUCUUGCAGACGGGCUCAAUACUACUGGAACCCUUGUUGGCAUAUGUCAGAACGACAAGUUCAGUUUCUCGUUCCUGCAAAAUACAUACCUGGGCUUGUCUCAAGCGAUCACUUCGACAAUCAGCUCGCUCGCCUUUUGGUACAUCCAGAAAUAUUGGAAGAUCAGCACAAAGAAGAUGUUUGUGGUCACAAAUGUCGUGACGAUUUUGAUUCCGCUAUGGGGUAUGAUCGGAAUAUGGACAGAGAAACUUGGGUUCCACAACGUAUGGGAGUUCUGGGCGUACAACGUGAUGUUUGGUCUCUUCCAGGCGCCCUAUUACGCGUACUCUCUGGCAAUGAUGGCUGAACUUAGUCCGCCAGGUUUUGAAAACAUGUUCUUCGGUCUCUUCGGUCUGUUCAACCGUGCCUCUUCCAUGGUAGGGCCCAAUGUCAUACAAGUCAUCAUCGACAAGACGGGAAACAACUGGCAGGGUUUCCCCUUCCUGUUUGCGAUGUGCACGGCUGCCUCUGUGGUGAUCUGGUUUGGGGUUGAUGUCACAAAGGGGCGCAGUGAUGCUGUGGGGUGGGCGGCUGAGCAGCGCAGGCGUAUACACUAGAGCGAUCGUUGUAUAUUUUCGCUCUUUGAGGAGACCUGGACCAUUUCUGAUCCAUGUUAGAAAGUUGGAGUAGUCCCUAGAUCUGACAUAGAUACUUGUAGAGUCUAGACAUUUUCACCGCUGCUUUAUUGCAAAACAAGAAAUCACG